AUGGAUCGCGGUGUUGUUGAGGGUGAAGAAGAGGAGGAGGAAGAAGAACAGGAAGAGAACUCAAGUGAUCAUAGUAGUUCUCAGAUUGAAUCAGUAGCUCGUCCUUACGUUCCUUCUCGUUAUAAGCUCAAAUCUCGGCUUAGGUGGAGUGCUGACCUUCAUGCCAGUUUUGUUGAUGCUGUCUGUCAGCUUGGUGGCCCUCAUAAGGCAACUCCAAAGUCGAUUAUGCAAAUAAUGGAUGUUAAGGGACUAUCGCUUUUCCACGUGAAGAGCCACCUCCAGAAGUACAGACUUGGAAAGUAUGGAGUGAAGGAGUGGCGAGAUGGGAGUAGUUCCAGAACAGCUGACGACUAUUCGACAUAUAGGAUUUGUGAACUGAGUCAGGAUCUGAAAGCCCGGAAGGACGCUCAAGAGAAACUUCGUCUGCGAAAUGAGGUUAAGAAGCAUUUGCAAUUGCGUAAAGAAGCCCAAAGCAGAUAUUUGAGUCGUGCAGUAGAGAAUGCAUGUGAAAAGCUUGCUCAUCAAUUUCUUGGAGGCUGUGCAGCAGAUUAUGCAGGUGUGUUUGGACAAAAUGCUGCUGGUUUAGAAACUAUGGGGUCAAUACCACAUCAGAAGGAUCUAGACCUAUACCCUGCAUAUCAUAUGACUCAGAUUAUGCAGCCUAGUUUUGACAACCAACUUGGUAGUUUUGGAAACCAACUUGGUAGCUUUCUGCCUGAGAGUGAAGCCUAUUUUGCAACCGGAGACCACCUGAUCUCAGCUGGGCAUUCAGGAAAUUCAUCUGUGCAAGAUUUCCCAACUUUCGAUACAGAUGGGAAUAACGAGGUUGAGAUUUUGGAUGAUGACCCUGCAGAAACUUAUUUGAUUCUGGAUACUGCUGAAAAUGGAAGUGGCAGGUCUUGA